UAUUUCAGUAAUGUCAGCUGAUAGCUGACAGUUCUUGGUGAAGUGGCUCGAGGAGGAACAGUUCUCAUGUCUUAAGCAUAAUAUAUUCGUGUUUUUGUUGUGUUACUUAAUUACAAAGCUCUUAAAGUUGUCGUUGCACUUGAUUUGAAAAAAUGUCAUAACGUGAAAAUUGCAAAAAUGAACGUGGAACAGAACCGUUUGGACACUUUCGAAGAGUGGCCUCAAGACGCCGCUGUGACACCCCCUCGAAUCGCCAAAGCCGGUUUUUUCUACACCAAGCACGACGUCACCGUCGAAUGUUUCUCCUGUCACUUAACAAUCUCGGAAUGGAACUACGGUGACCAAGUAAUGGCCAAACACAAAACCCUCAACCCUUCUUGCCCCUUCGUAUUAAAUCCAACUACCUCAGGAAAUGUUCCUAUAAUAUCACCUACAAAUGUACCUUCGACUUCCGACUCAAUGAAAGACGAAGCAAUCCGGCUCAAAACCUUCGCCAAAUGGCCCAAACCCCACAUCGUGGCCCCCGAGCGCCUCGCCCGCGCCGGCUUCUACUAUCUCAACACGGGCGACAACACGAAAUGCGCUUUUUGCAAGGGGGUAGUGCGGGCGUGGGAACUCGGCGACGACCCCGACCAAGAGCACAAACGCCACUUCGAGGACUGCCCUUUCGUCCUCACCGAAAUCGUCCCCAGGCUCAACCAAAACACAAAUGGACAAGCCAAGACAGACUCGUCCUUCACAAAUUUGCAUCUAGUCGCCAACGAAAACUUACAUUGUCUGGGGGUCCAGACGCACAAAGGCCCAAAAAAACCCAACUAUGCCACCCUAGAAUCACGGUUAAGAUCAUUCGCAACGUGGCCCCCUGAUCUGAUCCAAACCCCAGAUAUCCUGUCUCAAGCCGGAUUUUAUUACGAGGGAAUGGGGGAUCAGGUCAGGUGUUUCCACUGCGAUGGAGGCCUCAGGCACUGGGACCCCCAAGACGAUCCUUGGACGGAGCAUGCCAGGUGGUUCCCAAGGUGCUCCUUCAUCAAGCUGGUCAAGGGGCAGGACUUUGUCACUGCCUGCUCCCUCGAACUCAACGUCAACAGCAAUCUGGAGGAGGUCGACCAGAAGAACUACUCGAGUGUCCAGCCGCGAAAACGCGAAGUUACCGAGCAAGAAAUCCAGGAGCAUAUGUUAGGGGAAGUGGCCCUUUCUGCCCUAAGUAUCGGCUUGAAUGUUGAAAGGGUGAAAAGGGCGAUUCGGGAGAAAUUGGAACAGACUGGUCGUGGGUACUCACAGCCGGACGCUCUGGUCGAAGCUGCUCUCAAUCUUCAGCACAGCGAAGAAGAUUCGUCCGACGAUCAAGAUACUCACGUGAAGAAUGUCGUAGAAAAUGUUUUAGAUAAUAUAAUUGCACGGAGUUGCUCGAGUGAGAUUAAAACAGAAAACGAAUCGAUAGUUAAGGAAUCAAAAUCGAAUAAAACAUUAUCGUUAGAAGAAGAGAAUCGAAUUUUGAAAGAAGCAAGACUGUGUAAGAUUUGUAUGGAUGCCGAAGUCGGUAUAGUGUUUCUACCGUGCGGACAUUUAACGACGUGUGUUAAUUGUGCACCGAAUUUGGAAGAUUGCCCUCUUUGUAGAUCAGCCAUCAAAGCAACUGUUAGAACUUUUUUGUCAUAACUAUUUAUUAACUCAAUAAAUUUAUUUU